AGGAAAGAUGUGUACAGUGGUGGUGAGGAAUCGGUUAGAGCAGAUGAAGAAGAAGCGAAAAAAUGGUUGGUAAUGUUGGCCAUGGGUCCCCCACACGCAUUCAAUGCCCAUUGUUUCUGAAUUAUUAUCUCUCUUUUUCUCAUUGGAACAUAAACUUCAUAACUCUUCCUCGUCUUGUCUAGUUUCUUCCCUAACCUAAGCUCUCAGCAUUCUCUUCCUUCCACCUGUCCACAUCCAUCCAAACCACGCUUCUUUUGUCUUCUCUUCCAUUAUUACUCUCUCUCUCUCUCUCUCUCUCUCUCUCUCUCUCUCUCUCUCUCUCUCUCCCUCGAAGUGUUCACUGUUCAUUUCUUUACUCAAAAAAGGACAAUCAUGCAGGAGGUUGAGCCUGAAGCCACCGCCGCUUCUUCACCUCCGCCUCGCCGUGUUCUUCUUAUAUCAGCUGGUGCUAGCCACUCUGUUGCUCUUCUCUCUGGGAAUGUUGUUUGCUCGUGGGGUAGAGGAGAAGAUGGACAAUUAGGUCAUGGGGAUACUGUUGAUAGACUUUUGCCUACUCAACUUAGUGCAUUGGAUAAUCAGCAAAUUGUGUCUGUUGUUUGUGGAGCUGAUCAUACUAUUGCUUAUUCGGAGGAGCGUGUUGAAGUAUAUAGUUGGGGAUGGUAUUUGCCUUGUUGAUUUGGAGACUUUCAUAUCACAACUAUCCCUAGCUGUACGCUUUAACUACUAUGUAGUUAAUCUUUUGGGUGACUUUGGACGGUUGGGUCAUGGUAAUUCUAGUGACUUGUUCAUUCCUCAACCUAUUAGAGCAUUGCAAGGACUAAGGAUAAAGCAACUUGUUUGCGGGGAUAGCCACUGUUUGGCAGUUACUAUGGAAGGCGAGGUUCAGAGUUGGGGGCGGAAUCAAAAUGGUCAACUUGGACUAGGCACUACGGAGGAUUCACUUGUGCCACAAAAGAUUCAAACAUUUCAGGGAAUACCUAUCAAAAUGGUUGCUGCUGGUGCUGAACAUAGUGUAGCCAUCACUGAAAAUGGAGAGCUGUAUGGAUGGGGUUGGGGUCGAUACGGAAACUUGGGACUGGGAGAUAGAAAUGAUCGCUGUAUUCCCGAGAAAGUUUCUUCUAAUGAUUUGCAGUGCGACAAGAUGGUCAUGGUUGCUUGUGGCUGGCGGCAUACAAUAUCUGUUUCAUCGUCUGGUGAACUAUACACAUAUGGAUGGAGCAAAUAUGGCCAACUAGGACAUGGAGAUUGUGAGGAUCAUCUUGUGCCUCACAAGCUUCAAGCCUUGAGUGAUAAGUCAAUUAGUCAGGUGGCAGGUGGUUGGAGGCAUACUAUGGCACUCACGACUGGUGGAAUUCUUUAUGGAUGGGGCUGGAAUAAGUUUGGACAAGUUGGAGUUGGUGACAAUGUUGAUCGCUGUUCUCCUGUGCAAGUGAAGUUUCCCCAUGAUCAGAAAGUAGUUCAGAUGUCAUGUGGGUGGAGACACACACUUGCUGUUACUGAAAAAGACAACGUAUACUCUUGGGGAAGAGGCACAAAUGGGCAACUUGGGAUUGGUGAUACCAUUGACUGGAAUAGUCCAAAGAUUAUCGAGGCUUUGAGUGUUGAUGGAUCUUGUGGACAGCACAUAGAAUCCUCAAACACAGAUCAAUUAUCAGGAAAAACCUUUGCCUCCUUAGCUGAGAGAUAUGCAGUUGUACCAGAUGAAGCUGCGUCACUGCAAUCUGUAGAUAGGCUCGAUCUUAGUGUCCCAGAGAGUGAUGUCAAACGGAUCAGAGUUUGAUUUACUAACGAGUAAAGGUAUCCUUUUGACGAGAAUGAUGCAUCCAAUCAAUGUCUCUGCCUCAGCAGUCCAUGGGGAUCAAGCACCCACUUCUCUAUCAUUUUGGCUAUUAACAUGAUUAUUGUAAAGUAAUAUAUAUAUAUAUAUAUAUAUAUAUAUAUAUAUAUAUAUAUAUAUAUAUAUAUAUAUAUAUAUAUAUAUCCAUUAUUAUGAAAAAUAUUGCAUGUGAUACGACUCUUCUAUAUAUAUUAUUAAUCAGCGAGAAUACAUUUACAAUGUCCGGUAUAAAUUUUUGUUUCAAGCUGUAUGAUGAUGAUGAUGCCUUAUUCUAGGAAAGAAAGAGGAGAAAUAUGAUCUAAUAAUGGAUACAGUAGCUACAUAAAGUACCUACAAACCAGUUGGGAUUAGGAUUUGGAUCUGUCACAAAUUCAGACAGAGAUCAUCAAUAAUUGUUGGGUUGAGAUCAGGCGGUGUUGAAAGCAAGUAAUUUUGUUUUUAAUUUUAAGAAUUCUGAAAUACCAAGAUUAGUUCAUCUUUCAUCUCGUUAGUAGUAUUUUUAAAUAGGAUUUACUUGUUAGUUUACAGGUUAAAUUAUGUGAUUGUAUCCUCAAAAUGUGUGGCUAUUCACUUCAUUCAAUUUUUUCUUUCAUUAUAUCGAAUCAGUGGACUCUCUAG